ACAAAGAGAGUAGAAAAAUGUCAACAACGCACAUGACAUGAGUCGCUAUAAUAAAGAUUAAACGCGAGAAAAAAAAAAGAUCACUGAAACAAAAAAAGAGAGAGAGACAUGGCCACUGAAGGAGACGCGACGUUUCCUGCUGCGACUGCGACGAGCGAUGCGGCGAGAGGUACAGGCGGCAAAUUAAGGCGACAAACCGCGAGGAGGCACUCAGCGACGACGCCGUAUUCUCGACCGCCUCAGAACCAGGCACAACGGAGGCCGUGGAUCUCGAGAAUCGUCGAUCCCGCUUAUCGGAUUAUUUCCGGCGGCGCCACGAGAAUACUUCCCUACUUCUUCUCUAAUGCAGCCUCCGCUCCUAGUGCUCUCACAGCUCCACCAGAAGAUGAAGAUCGACACCAAGAUGAGUUGCAAGAUGAUCCACAGGAGAAUGAUCCCAGCAGUGUAACACCAAGUUUAAGUGUAAGCGUCUUUCAACUCCUCUGUUAAUAUCUGAUUGGGGAAUAUACCGCUCUAGCUAAGCUGGUUUUUUUUUUGUCUUUGCUAUA